AUGCGACGUGCCACAUUGAUUCUCAUUUCUGCUGUUAUGGUGGUGUACUUUGUAGUUGUUGUGGCAGGAUGCAAGGGCAAACCUGGAUCGCCAAAGUGUGUUGGGGCACCAGAUGGUGGUAAUAAUCGCAAAAGAAAGUGCAAAAAAUCGGCCAAUAACGAUAUGUGGAAUUAUAAUGCGGUGACCAAAAACUGCACCAAAAUUAAUUACCUUGGAUGUGGCGGUAAUGAUAAUCGCUGGUGCACCAAAGUAUUAUGUGAGACCUGCCGAUCAAGGUGA